UUCAUGAGGUAUAGAAGAACACGAUGGAUUUGAGAAUUUUGUGGUUGUGUCUCUUGAUCUCAUUUGUAGAUAAGUCAAGGUCUGGACCGAUGAUUUUUUCGGAUGAACAAGGAGACUUUUCUAUAGAAAAAGAGUGUCUCACAAACGAUGAGUGUAUUUCAGGGAAGACAUGCAUAGCUAAGAAAUGCACAGAUCCUUGUGACAGCGUGUGUGGACUGAACACAAUAUGUGUGGUACACGAAGGAGCUCCUGUGUGUUCCUGUAAAACUGGCUACGAAGGAGACCCGUUUACGGAAUGCAAACCACAAAACGCAGAAUGCACAGACGACUCCAUGUGUACAACAGACAAGGCCUGUAUUAGGCACAAGUGUGUAGACCCUUGUCUGGACUAUUGUGGGCUCAAUACUGUGUGUAGAGUGGUCAACAAUCGACCAGUGUGUGCCUGCCUGAAUGGAUUCUUUUACAAACUAGACAAAGGCUGCCUUCCUGAGUGGAUUCCAGAAUGCCAGAGUCACGCUCAUUGCCCGGAGGACCGCUCAUGUCGUCUGCAGAGGUGUGUAGAUCCUUGUGAAGACGGCGUGUGUGGCAAUAACACAGAAUGUCACGUCAAGAACCAUUAUCCUGUGUGUUCACGUAAAGUUGGUUACAUAGGAGAUGCCUACAAUGAAUGUGUAACUCACUGUUCAAUUGACAAUGAGGAAAACAUCCAAAAGCCAAUUCAAACGAAAAAAACCUUCUUACUUGUCGAAGAAAAGAAAACAUGGUUGGACGCCCUUAGUGACUGCAAUGAUCGUGGAAUGAAUCUGGCGACAAUCGAAAAUGAUGAUGAGUGGAACACUUUUAUUGAAACCAUGAGGAGUAUGAGUAAGUAG